CAGCGCAUGCGACGUAAGGAGCCGCUGCGCCCGACACGGAGCGUGUCGCCGUUCAAACGGCCGCCCUCCGAGCUGUCGAGCUCGCCGGCGCCGCGCGCGCCUGUCUGGCGCGCCUCGUCCGACGGCUCGCUCUCCGAGACGGUCACCAACCUGUCGGCGCUCUCGGUUGGCGGGCAGGGCCGCGACAGGCAGGGUGGCGCGCGACCGCGGCAGCCCCCCAGGCAGACCGCCAGGGCCCCCCGCGGCAAGGCUAGUGACAAACCCUCUGUGAUCGACUUUAUCCGGCGGAAGCUGUCGAUGAAGCCCAGGGAGAAACCGAAUCCGGUGACGGUGAAGCGGCACGAGCGCGCCUCCUCCUCGUCGGCGUCGUCGCCCGAACGUUCGACGCGACAGAGCAGACUGAAGGCGGCCAAAUCUCACGACGCGCUCGCAGCCGAGGAGCGCGCGCCGCCGGACGGGGAGACGGAUGAGAAGCGGUACCGCUCGCUGCCGCGCGGCAAGCAAAGGAACAGUGGCACCACGCUCUCCCGCAAGCUCUCCAACAUGGGUUGGGGGACGCUGGGCCGGUCCCAGGGCUGAGCGCGAGCGCAGCUUCAAGCACGAGCGUGGCGGCGAGGUGCGGCGGGACGAGCCGGCGCUGGCCGGACGCCGGGAGCGGCCAGACCAGGGUGGGCCGAGGGGACCCGGCGCUGGCCGGGCAGAACAGGCGUCUCCCCGUCCCUCACCAAAGCCGGAGAUGAACUCGCUGCGCCGCCGGCCGCGCCCGCCGCAGGAAGAAGAGCCGAUCCAGCCUAUCAUCCAGGAGCGGCGCACGCUCUCGCAGCCGUCGCUCUUUUUCCCGCGCGAUGAGCCGCCGGCGCCAGAGGAGCCGUUCUCUCUGUACGCCAACAUCCCGUACCAGCUGCCGGCGCGGCGGCCGGCGUCGCCGGACGCGCAGCGGGCGCCGGCCACCGCGCUCAAGGCAAAACGGGCCAUGUCGCAGCCGAGCCUGCUGGAGCCGAGGCCGGACAGCCCGCCGCUCCGCUCGAGCGCCGAGCGCUCCGACACCGUGUACGCGUACAGCCCACACCGCGAGGCUCACCGCGAUGACCAGCGGCCGUCGAUGCAGCGUCCGCAAACGCGCACAGUGUGGAGGCCGACCAUCACUGUCAAGCGCAAGGGCAUCCUCAAGCGGCAGAAGUCGGCGGAGAAGCGAGCCGAGCCGGCUGGUCAGGAGGCGGCGGCGCCGCCGGCGCGGCCGCAGGGCGUCCUGCAUGGCAUCGCCCACAACAUCAGGAGCGUGUUCAAGCACCGCAAGAACGGUGACGACCGGGUACCGGAGGGCUAUGUGGCCAUUCCGGGGGGCGCCGUCGUCUCCGAGCGCUUCACCAACAUCACCAACACGCACGAGGAGAAGGACGACGUGCUGGAGGAGGAGGAGGUGCACCACCUGGGCAACUACACAAACGAGGAGGUAUCCAGGGCCGUCCGCGACGGUGACGACGCCCGCGCGCUGGUACGUCAGCGUGCCGGCUCGGGCCACUCGGGCCAGCUGGUGGACCCCCGCAGCGGGCAGCGGCGUGUCGUCCACCAGUCGGGCAAAACGUGGAGAACGGUGGACACCGAGGACAUUCACGAGAAGACGCAUCAGGACGAACACGGCGAGCUCAUCACAGAAACGGCGCGCACCCAUCAGCAGGAGCAGUUCAACAACGUGCAGGUGCCGGACGACGGCUCCGGCCUCCGCGAUGGUGAGGUGCAGGAGGCGGUGCGCUCCUCCAAUCACAACCGACGUCACGUCAAGGAUGUCGACAUGCUGGAGUACUACUCCAUCCCCAAGGGCGGCCGGCUGGCUGACGGCAUCAAGCUGGGAGAAGGGCUCAGAUACGUCCAGGAGAACGUCGAAGAGGACCGCGAGGGGGACGACAACAUUGAGAGCCUCUCAGAGCGCAUGCGGCAGCUGAGGCAGCUCGGCUACAAGCCGGAAGGACAGGCGCUGGCAAAGACACCAAUCGAGUACCAGGAGGAGGAGAAGACGCGCCGCAAGGAGACGCACAAGUGGCUCGAGUCGCAUUUCGGCAGCGAGUCGGGCGGCUCGCAGAGCUCCGAGGAGGGCGAGCCGCGCGGCGGCGGGCGGGAUGAGGUGGACCGCCGUCGUGAGUUCAGCAGGUACGAGUUCCAAAAGAGCUCCGGCACAUCGAGGAAGGGCGACAUGCCGUCCGGCGCGACCAGCUGGGAGCGCAGCAAGGAGGUGAAGGAAACGCCCGAGAAGACGUACAUCAAGGAGACCAGGCACGGCCCGCACGGCGACUUCGAACGUGUGCAGGUGCUGCCCCCCGGCUCGCCGAUGGGUCGCCGCAUGAGUAAGACGUCCACCGAGACGCGCACGGAGGUGGAGGAGGACCCCAUCUUCAGCAGCAAGUUCAGCUCGGGCAAGCCACGCGGCGCUGGCGUGCGCUUCCAGCCGUCGAGCCCGGAGCGCCGGCGCGCCGAGACACUGGGCCUGUCACCGCCUACGCAGUCGCCGCCGCCGCCGCCGCCGCCGCGGCACCGCCGCAAGGGCCGCGACACGUUGUCUCCGCAGCGCGCGCCGCCGCCCGACAACCACUACGCCAGCGCGCCGAUCCGUGAGCAGUACGAGCGUGACGUGACGCCCGGCCGCGCCGCCGAGUACCGGCACGAGGUGCGCGAGUCGCGCGGGUCGCACUCCUCGCCGCGUCGUCACCGGCGCGACCACGACGACGGCCGCCGCGGCGAAGAGCGGCGUGGUGAGCCGCAGCGCAUGGUCAAGGAGUACCACUUCCGCAGCAGCGAGAGCCCGCGCGGCUCGGGCCACACGCCGUCGCGGGACGGCACGCCCGGCCGCUACGAGCACCGCGAGCAGCGGCACGGGUCGCGCCACGACUCGUACAGCACGGACGAGCGCGACGGUCACGACAGCGCGCGCCGCCGCCACUACGACGACUACUACGCGCGGCGCGACCGCACGGCCAGCACGGACGAGCUGAGCAGCAGGCGGCGGCCGGCGGCCACCGGCAGCGACUCGGAGCGUCGCGUGCGCUACCAGACGGACGCGUCGCGCCACCACCGCAGCACCGACCAGCUGGACCGUUACGCGUCCGAGGAGCGUCGGUACCCGCCGACGCGCGCGCCCUUCGACGGCGGCCGCGCGCAGACGCUGCCACGCAAGCCGCGCGACUUUCCGCCGUCGCCGGUGGCGCGGCCGCCGGACGCCACGCGCUUCGGCGGCAGCAUGAUCAACGUGUCGCUGAAGAACCAGAUGCGCGGGGGACCGGGCGCGCCGCAGAAGCCGGCCCGCUCGCCGGUGCAGCGCAGCAAUAGCCUGUACUCGAAGGAGGCGCCGGAGGGACGGCGCUCCAACCAGGCGUAUAGCGUCGGCCUGAAGAGCCCGGACAUCAUCUCGAAAAUCCAGCGCACGGCGAGCAUGCGUCGCGGCGAGCAGGCCGAGCCGGGCCGCGGCCGGCCUGAGGACGAGCGGUACCGAGCCAGCGCCGAGCACGAGGUGCUCUCGUCGCUCACCUCGUCCUCGUCGCGCUCGUACCCGCGCUCGCCGACUGCCAGGAGCCGGCCGCUCCCAGCGUCCACGCCGCAUCAAGGCGACGGCAAGAAGGACACGUUCAUGCGCGGCCUGAUGAAGAACGCGCCCGAGCUUUACAGCGUGCUGCACGACAACGAGCGCAAGGACAGCAAGACGCCGUCGCCGCGGCCCGGUCGGUCGCUGACGCCGCCGCCGCCGCUGGAGCGCGUGCGCUCGCCGCCCUCUCCCGUGCCGCUGCGGCCGGCCGGACACUCCACGCUGGCGCCGGGGUACCGACGGACAGAGCGGCUACGCGGCGAGGAGGAUGCGCUGCGGGAUAGCCGCUCGUCUCACUCCUAUACGCCGGAGGACGCCUACAGGUCCGGCGAGCGGACCAACGUCGUCAAGGUGAAUCUGCAGCCGAGCAUGUCCCGUCGCGGGUCACGCGACUCCCCGCCUGGCGCGCUGAACGGCUCCGCUAACACGCCCUCCCAUUACAGGUGCAACGAUGAGAUUUACACGAGUCCGACGCGGCGCGAGGCGCAGCGCUGGCCGUGGCCGGAGCGGGAGGCGGCCGGCGCCGGCGGCUCGGAGCCGGGCCGGAGCCGGCGCGGCUCCGCCGGCAGCUCCAGUUCGGCUCGGCUCGGCGGGAGCUCGACGGAGCCGGGCUCCCCGCUCCGCCGGCGGCACCGCCGGCCCGAGCCGUACCCGGACUACGAGGCGACUCACAAGGGCGGCGCAGUAGUGAUCGAGAUCCGCGACUGGGAGCGCGGCUGGUCCCCGGCCGCCGCACCAACAUGAGUGACAUCUAGUGAGCCGGUCCCGAAGUUCUGGAUCGGCAGACUGCCGCCGUUUUCAGCGGCAGCGUCCCGGACAGCGACAGCGCCGCCACGGGGACUCUGGCAGAACGAUCCGCCGUGCAUAACAGGAACGAACGGGAGCCUAGCAUAAUAACUGUCGCGUGCCAAUAUAGUGCUUUCUUGUACUGACCGUCCAACUGUGACAGACAUGUGAUUCUGCUAUGUGUGUGUAAAUAGGUGUAGCGUCAAUGUAAACCCUAGGAGUAUUUAACUCGGCCACUGCUGCUGGGUCCCUGUCGGGCUGGACACCACCGCUUACCAGCGGCAUGGUCUGUAACCGCUUCGAUCGCAUUAACGACCGUACCGCUGCCGCCGCCGGCGCCUAAUCACAGAGCCUGCCAUGUCAUCUAACCACGUGUAAAUAAAUGGGUGAAAUGUC